AUAAAAUUAACGAUGCCAGGAGACGAAGAUAAGAAGUCAGAUAAGUCCGACAAGAAAGAAGAGGAGAACAAAUCUGAAAAGCCAGGCUCUGCUUCAGGCAAGGAUGAUAAUAAAUUAAGUGCUGAACAAGAGAAAUUAGUUAAAGGGUUAGUAGACAGGAUGUCCAAAUUCUCUACCAACGUUGAAAAUGCAGAUCAAAAAAUUAUUGAUAACGCUCAUAACAGAGCAGAGGAGAGAAAGAAAUUACUCGGUGAAAUCGAUAAAAUGAAAGAAGAACUUGAACCCUAUCUGGAGAAAGAUGAAGAGAAAUUAGGAGAAAAGGUAAAAAUCGAAGUAGACAAUGCUUUGCUAAUCAUCAUGGAUAAGAAAUAUAAAGCCGAAGAGGAAGUAAAAGAACUUAAAAAGUUAUUGAGAGAAAGGAACCAAAAGAUCUAUGAGCUUGAACAAGAAAAUAAAGCAUUAAAAAAUAAGAAUCAAGACUUAGAAGACACAUUACAUGGUGUCCCAAAGAAGAGAACUACUCAAGAUAACAUAAAUAUGGCAAUGCAGAGUCAAGAUGGCCAGUUUGAUAGAGUUCAAGAAGAAAUUCCAGUUUAUGAUCAGCCCCAAAGUCAAGAUGAUGAGGAUGAUUUCUGGCAGGAAGGAAAAGGAGCUAACAAAGGAGGCUACGGAGGUGGUGAUGAUCUUUGGAUUAUGGGCAACAAGGACAAUCUACCUCAGUCUAAUCUCAACGCUUAUAAUCAACCUGGGAUGCCAUCUCAGCCACCUGGUUUCAAAAGUAUUCCAAAAAGACCUCAGGGCUAUAAUGGAGGAAAUGAUGAUAUGGCUUUCUAUGGUGUAGGAGCUAAGAAAGUAUAG